AUGGCUUGGCAAUCUCCCUCGGCCAUGGCUGGGGGUGGAGGGUUCGUUGGCUCCGGUGAUGGGGGGCCCAAUGGCGGACAUCCUCAGGGGACGGAGUACACGCUGCAAGGUGUGAUGCGCUUCCUCCAGACAGAAUGGCACCGGCACGAACGAGACCGCAACGCCUGGGAAAUCGAACGCGCGGAGAUGAAAUCCCGCAUUGGCAGACUGGAGGGUGAUGUCCGGACAAACAAGCGUUUACGCGAGUCUUUGGCUAAGCACGUGCGGCUGCUGGAGGCUGCGCUGAAGAAGGAGCGCGAGAAGGUGAAGAAACUCACCAAUAACGAGGAGGUUGAUGAUAUGAGGGAUCCCAAGGAGAUUGCACGGGAGAGCUUGAGCGCAGUGAAAUCUCAACACCCCAGGCUUUCAAAUCACCCCUUCGACGUCGGCCCCGAUGAGACCCAACCCGAAUACCGACAGGAGAAUGAACGAGACAAGUCGCGUCUUUACUUGUCCAAGUGCUCACAGGAAGUCACGUAUCAUGUCAUCCCCGCGUCGAAUCCGUCUGCGGAAUUGGCCGAGCAGGAUCUUCCCAACCAUAUCUACGGAGGCCAACCGAUGUCUCAGCAGAGCCUGGAGGAAGCCUACAUGCACCAACAACGACAAAAGCAGCAACAGCAGCAGCAGCAGCAGCAGCAGCAGGGGAAUCACAUAAUGGCUCGCGAAGUCCAGUUCCCAAACCACCAACCUGUCCUGCAGUAUUCGGAGAACCCCGGAUUGGCUCGCGCGCAUGGUCUACCAGUUCCCAGGGAACCCCUCGAUAGGAGGUUCUUAGAGCCUCAGACUUCCGUGACUGCUCUCGAUGGCCGGAAGAACUCCCUGGACAACGCGUUUCUGGAGGAAGCCUCUGGCCCUCCCAGGCAGGCAUUCGAAGAAUAUGGCGCGCAAGACCCUCCCAAGGAGGAACCGAAACCGCAACAGAUGGAGGAGAGCUCUGACGAUUCGGAUGGCUGGAAUUUCGACGAACCGUCCGGCCAGGAGCCUAUGGUCGAACACAUCCCACCCCAUAAACCGGACACCGAUGCUUUCCCUAACGCCAACUUUGUUCCAAAUUCGACAGGCGGCCUUGUCCACCGGAGAAAGAGCUCUAGCUCGAGGCAGGCGGAGGGCGCUACCGAAUCUAAAGAAAGCAAUGUGGUGCAGGCUCAAAAAGAAGACCCUAAUUUCAGGGUUCGGUUUGCGCUCCGGGGCCAUUUAGAUGUCAUCCGCUCUGUAAUCUUCACAGGCGGCGGUAGUCCAUCAGAGCCUGAAGUUUGCACGUGCAGUGAUGACGGGACUAUUAAGCGAUGGAUCAUCCCGGCAGGCUUUGGGUACAACUCAUCAUCUGAUAUGGACAUCACGAGUUACUUUACCCACCGGGGACACGCCGGGGCAGUAACGUCCUUGGCGGCGUGCUCUCCAUCCCAGCACUUCUCCAACGGCGGACGUGCCCUGGGAGAUGGCUGGGUAUUCUCUGGUGGCCAGGAUGCCAGCAUCCGAGUCUGGGAGCGUGGAAGGGUAGACCCCAAGGCUACUCUGGACGGUCACACGGAUGCUGUGUGGGGACUCUGCAUUCUACCCGGCACGACAGGAUCUGUAUUCGGGGAAGAUUGCAACCGCUACGGAGGCCCUGAUCGUCUCCUGCUUGCCUCUGGAGGCGCAGACGGCAAGAUCCUAAUAUGGUCUGUCAGCGCUCCUCCACAGGCUGCCUCGCCGCAGGCAGGAUCGCGGCGCGCUGGUGGAAGUCGACGCGCGAAUUCGAUUUCUUCAGGGUCUAACUUCUCGAAUUCACCGCAACCGAACAUCGCGACAAUUACACCGUUCCACUACACGCUUGUUCACCAGAUUGUUCUCGCUGAGUCGCCGUCGCCGACGUGUAUCAGUCCGCUGUCGCUUGCCGGUAUUAACUUUGUUGUCUCGUACGCUGAUGCGUCGAUUGUUGUCUAUGACACGAGGACCGGUGAAGAGAUUGUGGGUAUGGCUAGUAAGGAGACUUACGACGGUACCCCGUCAACUGGCGUUAAUGCCGUUGUUGCAUCUACUAUCGGCUUCGAUGGCUCGGCACAUCUAGACCCUAACCGGACGAUGGGUGCAGAGGAGGAAGUCCACGGUGCUACUGGGUCCAGUGGCGUGGAGGGCGUGGUUAUUAGUGGUUAUGAGGACCGGUACAUUCGCUUCUUUGAUGCGAAUAGUGGUCAAUGCACAUACACCAUGCUUGCCCACCCGGCCGCCAUCGCCUCGCUUUCUCUCUCCCCAGAUGGCCGCGAACUCGUCUCCGCAGGGCACGACGCAAGCCUCCGCUUCUGGGACCUCGAAAAGCGAAGCUGUACCCAAGAAAUCACAAGCCAUCGGUUGAUGCGCGGCGAAGGCGUCUGCGCCGCGACCUGGAGCCGCGACGGCCGAUGGGUCAUCAGCGGCGGCGGCGAUGGUGUAGUCAAAGUGUUUUCGAGAUGA